AUGCCAAGGAUUCCGGAGACGACAAUAUGCUCUUCUGACGGUCGACGGCCCAUUCCGUUGAUCGGUAUGGGCACCGCUACGCCAACCGGAAACAAUGAUGAGGUGAAGGCCGCGGUUAUUGAAGCCAUCAAGGAUGGUUAUCGUUACUUUGACACGGCCGCAUUCUACAAAACUGAGAAGCCUGUCGGGGAAGCCAUCGCUGAAGCUUUGCGACUUGGGCUGAUAAAGUCGCGGGGCGAGGUUUUUAUAACAACCAAGCUAUGGUGUAACUCUACCCAGCGCCACCUAGUAUUACCAGCCAUGAAGCAGAGUCUUCGUGAUUUGGGACUCGAGUAUGUAGAUUUGUAUCUAAUACAUUUACCACUUACACUUAAACAAGAAGAGUUCACAAUGCCGAUCCCAAAAGAGUGCAUUGCUUCUAUUAAUAUCAGAGAUGUGUGGGAAGAAAUGGAGAAGUGCCAAAAUCUUGGACACACCAAGUCCAUAGGUGUUAGCAAUUUUUCACCUAGAAGAAUCGAAGAAAUCUUAUCCUUCGCAAAAAUUCGUCCAGUUGUCAACCAGGUUGAAAUGAAUCCACUCUGGCAACAAAAAAAACUUAUUCAAUUUUGUCGAAAGAAUGGCAUCCUUGUCACCGGCUACUCCCCUUUAGGUGCUUCUGGCACUCAAUGGGGACACAAUCGUGUGAUGGAAUGUAAUGUUCUUCAUGAUAUUUCAAAAUCGAGAGGGAAGACAAUAGCUCAGAUUGCUUUGAGAUGGAUAUUUGAGCAAGGUGUGAGUGUUGUGGUGAAAACUUUUAACCCAGAGAGGAUGAAGCAAAAUAUUGAUAUAUUUGAUUGGUCAUUGACCAACGAUGAGUUAAAUAAAAUUAGCCAAAUUCCUCAGCAAAAACAUAUCUAUCUAAUUGGGUCCAUGGUGACUGAGCCUAAUGAUGUCAUGGCCGAGAUUGAUGCUGAUUUUUCAUUUCAAUGACUUGUAAUUUUUAUCUUAGAUGUUUU